GUAAAAACACCAACCUCAACUUAAACGAGAUUUUUUGAAAGAAUAUUUCCCCGUAUGUAAAUUACCUAUUUAGCAUUAAGCAGAUUCUGAAUUUGAUUUACCGAAGGUAACUCUUAUUUUGCUGAAUUGUUGUUAUUUUUAUUGUGUAAUGACAUAUAUCGUUUAAAUAUACACACAGAUUCGCUCAUGUGUUCAUGUUCAGUUGCCAGCCUUGGAAGUUGUACUUGGUAUAUUAACAAGCGUUUUAAGCAUUUUUAAUUCACGUCGAUCCCUUAAUGAAAAUGGCAGUGAGUGUUGUAUUUUAUAAAAAAAAUGCAUUUUCUAUGGAUUGGUUUUGUUUGCAGGUCAGAUGUAGUCGUGGAUAUUUAUUAGGAUUGUGCUUACUCAACAUUCUUAAAUUCUCAGCACCUGUUCCUCUACUAGACAACGAAAAUUUUGAUUUUGAAGACACGUGGAACUUCAAAAUUGCACCACACAGCAUUCCUCUUUUGGAAAGUCCUAAAGAAAACCAUAUAUUGCCAGUUGUCUAUGAAACUGACGAAAUAUUAAAGGUGGAACCCCUAGAUGCCGCUGAAGAAGAAAUAGUUGGUGCUAACAGACUGCCAAAAAAAAUUCAUGAUGUCAUUAGAACCAAAAUUCCAUGCGGAGUUUGCAAACUGGGUGUGGGUUUGCUACAAAGUCACCUUAAAAAUGGAGAUUCCAUGGAAGAAAUUAAGAUUAAGAUUGUAGCGUUAUGUGUCACUCUUAAAAUAGAAACCGAAGCUGUCUGUACCGGAUUUGUCGAUGUCUUUGGUCCUGAAUUGGUUCCAGCUUACAAUACGUCCAAUUUGGAGCCGUCGAAAACAUGUAGCAUGAUUUUUGGAGAAAGUUGUGGUUCAGUUAGCAAUGAAAUACACGAAUGGGACAUAGAGACACCAGAAAAUCAUUUGCAGGCAAUAGAGGAAAAAUUUCCGAAGGUAGAGGUUCCUACGUUUAAAGUUCUUCACUUAUCUGACACUCAUCUUGAUCCAGACUAUGCAGAGGGUUCACCAACAAAUUGUGAAGAACCCUUAUGCUGUCGUAAUUAUAGUACGCCAUCUACAAAUGAAACUAUAAUUCCCGCAGGACGGUGGGGUUCUUAUAAUAAAUGUGAUUCCCCAAGAAUAUUAAUUGAGAAUAUGUUAAAAUUUAUAUCCUUAGAACAUCCGGAUAUAGAUUACAUAAUCUGGACAGGUGAUCUUCCGCCUCACGAUAUCUGGAAUCAAACCCAACAAAGCAAUUUGGAUAUUAUUAAAGAGAGUGUUGAACAAAUGUUACGCUACUUCCCCAAUAUUCCAAUAUUUCCAGCUGUUGGUAACCAUGAAUCAGUUCCAGCAGGAAGCUUUGCUCCUCCAUGGAUCAAAAAUGAGACUCAUACUAUCGGGUGGUUGUAUACGAAUUUAGCUGAUCAUUGGAGGAAAUGGUUGCCAUCUACAUCGGGAAACACUCUUUUACAUGGAGCAUUUUAUUCUGUAUUGUUAAGACCUGGAUUUAGAUUGAUUUCUCUAAAUACAAACUACUGUCACUCAUUGAACUGGUGGCUUCUUGUAAAUAGUACUGAUCCUGCAGAUGAGUUAAAAUGGCUAGUACAUGAGCUUGAAAAUGCUGAAAUAAAUAACGAAAAAGUGCACAUAAUAGGGCAUAUUCCACCAGGUAGCUCAGACUGUUUGAAGACGUGGUCGAGAAAUUUUUACUCUAUAGUGGAUCGGUUCCAGCAUACAAUAACCGCUCAAUUCUACGGCCACACUCACGCUGACGAGUUCGAAUUGUUCUACGAAACCAACAAUUACAGUCGGCCGAUUAACGUAGCUUAUCUUGGCCCUUCGAUUACUACAUAUGAAAAUAAUAAUCCAGCGUUUAGGAUUUAUUACGUAGAAGGUGAUCAUGAACGGUCUACAAGGGCUGUCAUAGACCACGAAACUUGGACAACAAACUUGGACUUAGCAAAUGAAGGAGACAAUGAACCAAUUUGGUAUAAGCUUUACACAGCAAAAGAUGCCUACAGAUUGUCAUCUCUACAUCCCGAAGAGUGGAAUAGGCUUAUAAAAAACAUGGCUGAUGAUCCAGACUUAUUUAAUUUAUUUUAUAGGAAUUAUUACAGGGACAGUUCCCAUCGACCAUAUUGCGAUGCACAAUGUCGAAUUCAAAUAUUGUGCGACUUAAAGACGGGUAAAUCCCAAGACAGACUACAUUUAUGUAACGAAUUACAGUACGCUUAAUUCUUGUUUUUGAAUCGACUUUCCUACCAAAGAAUACUGUUUUCUUAUUUAGGAAAAUUCGUGGUUAUUUUGAAUUUUAUUUGAUAAUUUUUUAUAAACUUU